AUGUCAAUCCAUCGCAGACGCCGCUUCAUCAGCUCGUAUGGUUACGAGAUGUCUCCGUUGCUGGGAACCCUUGUUGCGAUAAUCCCUGUCUGCAAGAUUUCCUGCAGUCUCUGGAUCUGCCUUGCAUUAGAUAGUGGUUUCAGACACUUCCCAGUCAACACUCAACACCAACGGCGAAUGUACUUGAGGAAAUUUUGUUCAGAACAGCGGUUCCUCCACAGUGCUUCUUGGUUGCGAUGUUCCGGGUGUGCUACCUUGGCGUCUGGGAUUGAUUGCUCUCCUUUGGUACAGCUCGAUGUUCUUCCGAUCAAGGUCUAUGCCAAUUGGCUAACGCAGGUUGCGAGCAGUGGCACAUUGAAGCGUAAGGCCGCAGACACAUUUGAAAGAUUUUGCAUUCACGCUGCACUACAAUACAUCAAUACAAGGCUUCAUUUCGUUCUUGAUAUUACCUGA